AUGAGGUGUUACAAAAAGAAUGUAUCGCCCCCUCUCUCCCCUCAUCCCCAGGAAAUCGACCGUCACAACCGCUUCGGCCUCACCGACCGUUCUCUCGACUACCGCGUGGAUCCUCACCCCCGCUGCGAAUUCUGCGACAAGCUCCAAUUCGACGAGAAAGCGCUGACCCACCACCUCGAAACCUCCCACCAAUUCUGCAUUUUCUGCCCCCCCGACGCCCACGCCUACUUCAAGUCGCGCCAGGCCCUCAUGGACCACUACGAGAAGCACCACUACGUCUGCCACCAUCCCGCCUGCGCCGACCAGGAAUUCUCCGUCUUCAACUCCCAGAUCGAGCUCAUGGAGCACAAACGCACCGUCCACAACCUCAAAGAAACCCUCUCCGUACCUCCGUUUCCACCUUCUUACACCCAGCUCAGCGACCUCUUCGCGACCGCGGAACUCGCCACUCCCGAAACGCCCCACGUCUCCGAGCGCGCCAUCGAGGCCGCCAAAGUGUUCCUCGUCGAAGAUCCCUCCGGAUGGUCGCGGGAAGAGCUCGAAAAGCGCGGCAAGGAGCUCGACCGCGAGCUACACGCCGUGUUCCGCGGGAAUCCGGGGAAGUUCGAGCGGUACCAGAAACUGACCGGGGAGUUUCUUCGCGGAACCGUCUCCGCCGCGGCGUUCUACGAUGUGUCGCUGAACCUUCUGGGGACAUCGAAUCUUCGCGUGCUGAGUCAUUUGAUCAGUUUGAUUGACAACCCCGUGCGACGACACGUCAUCGAAACACUAUUCCGCGAAGCGCGCGGACGCAAAACCGAGCAGCUGGACCGCGAGUUUCUCCAAUCCAUCGGCGCCUGCCGCACCGGCCAAUCCCCCGCCAAACUCGCCGAAUUCCCGCGGGAAUUCAAUACUCCGCAGCUUUCCGCGGAAAGCGAGGCGUUUCAUCCGCGCGGUUUCCCGCGGUCGGCUUCGUCCCCCGCGCUGCCCAUUCCGCACAGUCCCGCGGAAACCAGCCCGGUCGACGAAGCUCCCGCGGUUCUGACGCCGCAGGAGCAGCUGAGCGCGUUCCGCGGGGAACUGUCGGAGCUGGCGAAUCUGAAAUCGAAGCUUGUGCAACGUGGAAAAGUGGUAACUGGAGAAACGUUGCUGCUUGGCGGGAACGGAGCGGUGGAAGUGAUUCGGUGUCUGGACGAAUUGCUGCGCGAGCGCGCGAGGCGCGAAGAAUGGGCGGGAAUCGACGAAUCGCGGUUAAACGGAGUCAGCGAAUCCAUGGCGAAGAUGACCAACCGGGAAUUGCUGAGUUGCAACUGGGUGGACAAGCUCGGCCUUUCCGAGGCGUCCAGGCAAAAUUUCGACCUUUUUCUGGAAUAUUUUCGCGGGAAGGAAGGACUCGUCGCGCCGUCGCUCGCCGCCGUCCAGAAGGCGAAGCGCGAUUUGGCGGGAGUUUCCUCCACCGAGGUCAACUGGAUCCGCGAGGUGUUCGGCGUUUUCGCGGGGGAGGUCAUUCGGCGUCUUCGCGAGUUGACAAGGACCGUCGCCGAAGAACAGGCCAAGCGUUUUGCCGCGGUUAUGAUUCCCGCCAAACCCAAUCCAGAGCGGAAAACUCCCCGUGCGGACCUCCAAAAAACCGUGGCAAACCAUCCCCGCGGUUAA